GAGGACUUCAAAGAAAUGGAAAGGAAAGUUGAUGUCACCAGUAGAGCUGUGAUGGAAAUAAUGGCCAAGACAAUAGAAUAUCUUCAACCAAAUCCAGCUUCCAGAGCUAAACUCAGCAUGCUCAACACCAUGUCCAAAAUUAGAGGCCAGGAAAAGGGACCUGGUUAUCCUCAAGCUGAAGCGCUGCUAGCAGAUGCAAUGCUGAAGUUUGGCAAAGAACUUGGAGACGAAUGCAACUUUGGCCCAGCUCUUGGAGAUGUUGGGGAAGCUAUGAAAGAACUUUCUGAGGUGAAAGAUUCAUUGGACAUUGAUGUAAAACAAAAUUUUAUUGAUCCCCUUCAAAAUCUUCAUGACAAAGACCUGCGGGAAAUCCAGCACCACCUGAAAAAACUGGAGGGCCGACGCCUGGACUUUGAUUACAAGAAGAAAAGGCAUGGCAAGAUCCCCGAUGAAGAGCUCCGUCAAGCUCUGGAGAAGUUUGAUGAGUCCAAGGAAAUUGCUGAAUCGAGCAUGUUUAACCUGCUAGAGAUGGAUAUUGAACAAGUGAGCCAGCUUUCUGCACUUGUACAAGCACAGCUGGAGUACCACAAGCAAGCAGCCCAGAUCUUACAGCGAGUUAGUUCCAAGCUGGAGGAGAGAAUAAAAGAAGCAGCAAUACAGCCCAGAAGAGAAUAUCAGCCAAAACCUCGCAUGAGCUUGGACUUCGGAAACAAUGAAAGCUCUCAGCACAAUGGAGGGAUAUCUAAUGCCACCACCCCUAAGCCAUCAGGUGCUGCAAUGGACCAACCAUGCUGUCGAGCUCUCUACGACUUCGAUCCAGAAAAUGAAGGGGAACUGGGCUUUAAAGAGGGUGAUAUCAUUACCCUUACUAACCAGAUUGAUGAAAACUGGUAUGAAGGUAUGCUUCAUGGCCAGUCAGGCUUUUUCCCCAUCAAUUAUGUGGAAAUUCUCGUUCCUUUGCCUCAUUAG